AUGUCUACUUUCAAUGCCGAGACCGCUGAUAACUUAGAAGAUAUCGAGAAGCAAUUUGCUGUGGUUGCUGUUGAGCAAGCUGAAACAUAUUGGAAUUUAAUCACUAAAGUACCAGGUUCCAAACUUCGUCUAACAAAAUAUGAUGAUGAAAUCUACGAAGCUUUCCAGAGUCAUUUCCCUGAAUAUACCGAUGUUAACCGGUUAGCGAAGUUUAAUGAGGAGGAAUUAAAGUCUCCAGUUGCCAAAGAUAGGUGGAGGAAAUUUAUCAGUCUUUUCGAAGAGAAGAUUGAAGACUUCAACUUCGGGACUCUAUUGAGAACUGAUGCUUCUCAAGAGUAUGGUCAAUACACAGCUUGUUUUGUUGUUAGAAUCCAGUUCUAUGCCUUUGAAAUUGCAAGAAAUAGACAUAAGUUGAACGACUGGGCAGUUGGCCACUCGUAA